AUGCUGAUUCCACGCCGCUCCGGAAGGCCCCUGCCUUGCCGCCUUCCGGCAGCCCGUGCUGCUGCUGCUGCUGCUGCUGCUGCUGCUGCUGCUGCUGCAGCAGCAGCAAUUUCAGAGACCUCUCGCGAUGCGGCCUCAGAGGCAGCCGUCGUUGCCUCACAGCCACUGCGUGGUGGAGGGGACGCUGUAGACAAAUACUCGGAGUUCUCCGGUGCAACGAAGCCUCUGCAGCUGCAGCAAGGCGGAGGCUUUCUGCCCUCCUCGGGCAAUACACCUCAACAAACUUUGGAGACUGCCGUAUGGCAGCAGCAACAGCAACAACAACAACAGCAGCAACAAGCUGAGGCAGGCGCCCCCGUCGUAGGCUCUUCGAAAGAUGCAGCGAUCCGGACAGACGGCGUGCUCCUCUUCGCCCCUGAAGAUCAGCAAGAGCAUCAGCAGCAAGAGCAGCAACAGCAAGAGCAGCAAGAGCAGCAAGAGCAUCAGCAGCAAGAGCAACAAGAGCAACAAGAGCAUCAGCAGCAACAGCAACAAGAGCAACAAGAGCAGCAGCAACAAGAGCAACAAAAAGAGCAACAAGAGCAGCAGCAGCAAGAGCAUCAAGAGCAGCAGGAGACGGGGAAUCAUGAGGCAAGCGACGUCUCAGAGGCCUCAUCGAGCCCAUUGACGCCAUUCGCUGGGCCAGAUCCUCUGAGUGGCGAUGCUCCCCUCUCUCCCCGAUUGGUCGUUCCCAUGGGUAUCGGGGAGUCGCGGAUCAUCUGCACUUCCGCUGUCUCGUUCCUCCUCAGCGUUCGAAAUCAACUGGAAUCCGAAGUAACACGCGAGCAGGGCGUGAUGACGACGCAGCAGCAACGGGAGGAGGAGCAACAGCGAGAGCAACAAGAGCGAGAGCAGCAAGAGCAGCAGCAGCAUCAGGAGCAGCAGCAUUACCAGCAGGAGCAGCAGCAAGAGCAGCAGCAGCAGCAGGAGCAACAGCAGGAGCAGCAACAGCAUCAGCGGGAGCAGCAGCCAGAAGAGGCUGCAAGCUUGCAUGAGGCGCAUCAGCAGGCUGAGGGCGCAAAAGACUGCGCCACGAAGGACGAAGAGCCGAGCAGACGCUUGCAGCAUCAAAGCAGCAGCAGCGAUCGCAGCAGCAGCAGCGAUGGCAGCAGCAGCAGCGAUGGCAGCAGCAGUAGCAGCAGCAGUAGCAGCAGUAGCGAUCGCAGCAGCAGCAGUAGCAACGCCGCCAUCAGCAGUGAUGGUAGAGAAAUUCAGCUUGACGAUGGCGUCGGCAACGAGACUCGUGGCGGUGUCUUUGGAAACUCCCAGUGGCGUGCUCAGUGGAGGGAGUUAGACGCUAUUACAAGCAAAUUGUUGCAAGGGCUUCCACAGGCUCUGGCAGUUAUUGCUGAGGACGAUGCAGAAAGCAGCUGA